GCUCACCCAUCAUUGUAGUACUCCACAGUAAGCAUAUUUAACUUUGAAGUUCUACACGUCUUAUUAAUUAUAAUUAAUUUCUUAUUUCUCUCGUGCCUUGUAGACAUGAUCUUCAGUCUUCACCUAAGGUAUUACAAAAACUUCCUUUGAAUCUUCAACUUUGAUUUUCUUAACAAAAAAUAACAAAAAAUUCAACUUUGGUGAUGACUGGUUAUCACUUGUCUGGACAUCUGACACUGAGGCCCCGGCUUACAGAUACCCAGCCCAUACACUCGAAAAAAAAAGCCCAAACAAACCCCACAGCCUAAAAUAAGGCCCAUAAAAGUUAAAACCACAAACUCAUGAAAACACCGCAAACGCCGCAGCAAUGUGGGAAUCGACCGCCGUCAGCCGAAAGCCGUAGGCGGCAAGCCAGUUCCAGUAUCAUCUGCAGCAAAUGCUCCACUGCCGACGGAUCCGAAUUCCGGCCCCACGUUGUCCCUCUCCCCUUAAAACCUCCCCAAAACCCUUAAACCCCAGAAUUUCCCCCAACCUCCACAUUCUGAAACUCUGGGCAACUAGAUAGUUGGCUGCGGGAAAAUAAAUUCAACUUGGGGCUUGUGCGGGUUUUCCAAUUGGGGGAUCCAACAGGCGGGUUUUCCAAUUGGGGGAUCCAACAGAUGAAUGCCGAGGAAGAUGGAGGAGCUCCCAAUAGGGAGCUCUACGCCGUGCUCCAAGUCUCCCCUGAAUCCACCACCGAAGAAAUCAAAAGGGCUUAUCGCAACUGGGCUCAGGUUUAUCACCCCGACAAGUACCAAGACGUUCAUAUGAAGGAGACAGCAACUGAGAACUUUCAAAGGAUAUGUCAAGCGUAUGAAGUGCUAUCAGAUGAGACUAAAAGGCAGAUAUAUGAUAUAUAUGGUUUGGAUGGUUUGAGUGCCGGGUUGGAGCUUGCAACAAGGACCAAUAGAGUUGAAGAGUUAAAGGAAGAGCUCGAGAGAUUGCGGCAGAAGAAGGAAGAAGAAAAGAUGGCAGCACAGUUCAUACCUUCUGGAAUAGUUGUGACUAAUCUGUCCCUGCCCCAGGUUCUGGAUGGCGAUGGCAUCAUGGCUGGAAUGGCUAUGUCUAGUCAAGUUAAUACUACAUUGUCAAAGCAUACGAAUUUUGCAAUGGGUGGAAAUUUGGAAGUUAAUAACCAUGGUGCUGGUACUGCUGCUUCAACUGUACUUCGACAUCAGCUUUCUUCUGUUCAGUCGAUGGAAUUUCUUGCUCAAGUUGGCUUACAAUCGCUUAUUGGUGUACAAACAACUCGCUAUGUAUCUUCACAUUCAACCGCUACAAUUGGCAUCCGAAAGUCUUUGCAGGAUGGUUCAAUCAAUCUCUCUAAUACCUGGACUCACCAGCUGUCUUCGACAGCAAAUGGGAAUAUACAAUUUGUGCUGGGUGAUCAGUCAUCCGUUGCUGUCGGGUGGCAAAAGAAGGAUGAUAAAAUGUCUGCAAGUGGAGAGUUGAAGGUUGGUACGCGUUAUUUGGGGGCAUCUGCUCAUUAUGUUCAUCGCUUUUCCUCAGAAUCUCAUGCCCGUAUUGCUGGAAAGUACAACAGUACUACUCUUGAGGUUGAAGUUGGUGGUGGGAGGAAGAUACCCAAUUUAACUACUGUCCGGAUGAUGUACGUGAUUGGAAUUCAGGGCAUCUCUUGGAGAUUUGAAAUGCGCCGUGGGUCUCAAAAGUUAGUUAUUCCAGUAUUGCUUUCCACCUAUUUCGAUCCAGCGUUUGCAAUCGGAGCAUUUGUAGUUCCAACAUCUCUCUACUUACUGCUUGAGAAAUUUGUAGCUAAGCCUUAUUUACUUUGGAGGGAAAAGGGUAAAGCUUUAGAAGAUAAACAAAAAACUUCGGCACAGGUACGGGAGGCAAGAAUAUCCGCAGAGAAAUCUCAGCAAUUAUUACGAAUUGUGGCAGACAGGAAGAAGACCAAGCAAAUAGAAGCAAACGGGCUGCUCAUCGAUAGAGCAGUGUACGGAAGUCUGGAAGCAUUGCAAAAACAAGACAGGACAAUACCAAAUGGCGACACAACAUCAGAAGAAUUCAUCGAUGUCACAGUUCCUCUUAAUUUCUUGGUCAAUGAUUCCGGGCAGCUGAAGCUUCACAAGGGCGUGAAGAAGUCAGGGAUAAUGGGAUUUUGUGAUCCUUCUCCUGGAGAACCAAAGCAGUUGCUUGUUGAAUACGCUUACCGAGGCCAAAAGUUCAAGGUGAUUGUCGAUGAUUAUGAUGAGCUGUUAAUCCCCCAGCAUGCUCAUCUAGUCUGAUUAAACUUGUGGAGUUGCCUCUGAAAACAAAUUUUGCACGCUUUUGGAUACAUGCGAUAUCUGAGGUAACUUGGAGAGGAGAUGAGAUGACUUCACAUCAGAUGUUUGCAUUUUUAGGAUUGACAUCCAUUACAGGUCGAAUAAUAAUGCUCCAUUUUGUCUUUUUAUCCAUUCCAAGUUAUUUCAGAGAAGCCAUUUUUGUCUUUUCAACCAAGGGUGAUAUAAACUUGACGAAGGAAAGGACCCUACUUCUUAAAACAAGUUCAUCUGGACGUCUGUAAAUAUUAACACCAGCAUCCAGCGAAAGAAAAAAAAAAAAAAACCAUGGUAA